CAGACGGGGUGUGUCCACUUGAAGGCUGGGUGAGGGGUAGAAUAAAAGACGGGAGUCCUGGAAGAAAGCGGUUAGUUGGCUUGCGCGAGUUGCUGUGUAACUGGGUGACUGAGACCAUUUGGAGCUAGCUUGACACGGAGGAGAAACAGAAAUUCGGGUGCCAAUAAUGGUUCCGAUCAUUGCAUUCUCAAUUCUUCUGUGCAUGUGUACGGUGACCGGUACAUGGUCUUUGACCUGUAACGACUUGGACCUGAUUUGCUCCGGGACACAACCCCGCGAGGUGCCAUGGACCGUGGUGAGUGCCAACAUUCCCAGCUUUGAUGGCAGCGCAUACAACUGGAAUUACGCCGGUGCCACCACCCUACCACUGACCAGCAGCAUUAGCUGCGAGGACCGAAGCGACCAUCUUCUAAUCACCUCUGCUGGCAUCCCAUCGAACGCCAGUUAUGUGGGCAAGUUCCCAUUCCGCACGGACACAACGGGUUCUGGACACGGAGACAAUCCCAACACGAUGGCGAUGCAGACGUAUGAAUGGAAGAUUCCCAAGACUCCCGUCAUCAAGGCCACAGCUCCGCCACAGGCCACUGGCAGUAAUGGAGAGCUUCAGUAUGGGCCAAUUGCGUUUGCCCUGGACGGCGUCCCUUUCUUCAACCCCUUCAACAACCAGCGGCAGGAUGCAGUGGAUCCAACUAGUGGAGGGUUUGAGGUGAUGGAUCUAUGCUUUGGACAUCCGACAAUGACGGGCGCUUACCAUCAUCACUACAUACUGCCCAGGGACGGAUGCCUCUUCCAAGACACACCAGGACAACACUCGCCCAAGAUCGGCUAUGCAUUCGACGGCAUUCCUAUCUACGGCCCACAGAGUGACAAUGGUUUGGCACCAACCGACCUGGAUGUUUGCAACGGUCGCACCCACCCGACUCUAGGCUAUAUCUACCACACGACUAAUAACACCUACCCGUACACGUUCGGCUGCUAUCGCUAUCAGACCAUACGGCAGCGCAUGAUCAGCGGAACUCUGGUGGCUACAGGCACUGGUCCAGGUGUCAAGGGAACAAUGUGUUCUCCAAAGAUCGGUGUGAGGGCAAGUGUCAGCACAGCCACUGGCUCAACCUCCCAGCCCGUUACAAAUGGCAAUGUCAGUGCCACCACAUCAGCUGCUGGUACAAAUGGCAAUGUCGGUGCCACUACAUCGGCUGCUGCUGCACCGGCCAUCCCAUGCAUUGCUACCCUCCUGAUGUUUGCUGUGUGUCUUUUCGCACCAUACACCUUAUGAUGUGAUGGUUUCUGAUUCUCGGGAUUCCUUUAGAUAAUUAUAUCAUCCGUAUUGACUGCUGACAACGAAUGCAGUACAAGCGGUACCUUUUCAGAUUCACAAGAUUCAUGCCCAUAGGAAUGAAAAGACCUCGAGACGUUACCUUCGGUUUUGAGGCUGGGCUUUGUGUCAGUACUUUCUAUUUUAUUUUCCGCUGCUGCAUCCGCACCUUGGUAACACCAACAUCUUAGCUUUGUAAUUUUGCAAUUGUAUCAAUUGUAUCAAUUGUAUCGUGUGUGUGUUUGAAAGACACUAGUAAAGUAGUAAAGUAUGUAGAGACUCUUUUUUCUAUUUAAAAUCAUACCACAGUGACUAGUUUUUUUAAUUCCAAGAACUGGUGGCAACUGUCUGCCUCUCAUGAUGUUCAGUGACUGUUGAUCAUUAGUGUCUUUAA